AGAUAAAAAUGGAUGCGUACAACGCAGAUGUGCGUGAAGCGUGUAAAUAUGGCAGUAAGUGCUAUCAGACAAAUCCAGCUCAUACUGAUAGAUUCAAACAUCCGCCUAAAACUGAAGUUGAAGAGCAGAAGGAGAACAGGGAUUCUAACAAGCGAGCACUCAGUGAAGAUUCUCCACCCCCUGUUAACAAGAAAACAAAGAGAGCCAGUCAGGAGAAAGUGGUCUCUUCAGGAGUUGUUGACGAGAAGCAGGAAGUUGAAGAAGAAAAGGAAGCUGAAGAAGAGAAGGAAGCUGAAGAAGAGAAGGAAGCUGAGGUGAAGGAGAAGGAGGAGGUUAAAGAGUACUCUGAUAUUCUGCCUGCAUCUCCUGAGAAUAUUCAUGAGAACAUGAAGCAGAAGUUUCUGAUGGACCUGCCCAGAGACUUCUACCAAUUCUUUGAGUUUUGCAAGGGUUUGAACAAAGACGACCCCUGCUCUGCGCUAGCUGGUGCUGGACUUAAACUUUGUGGUCCAUACCACCUACUAGCGGGAAAGAUCCCGAAGGACUGCGUAAGAUCAAGUUCGUUGUAUCUGCGUCACUACCGAUACUACUAUGAUCCCCCAGAGUUCCAAACCGUUAUUGCGUCAGCUGAACCAGACCCAGCACUCUUCCAUAUUGGAUAUUUCAGGGAUAGUCCCAAGGAGGCCCCUGUAUUCCUGGCCUCUAAUUGUGCUGGGGAAGGUCCUAAAAUAAUUCCUCUCGCGGACAAUAUAUUUGGAGCAGUUUACCAACAUCUUGCAAAGAAAAUGAGUGAGGCUGACCCAUUUACGCGAACGAGGCUAGGUCAGCUUCAAGAGAAAAUCAAACUGUUCGCGAACCGGUCUAUUAUCAAUGGGGAUGCAAACGAGAUCAGCCUCGAAGGAAAGACUGCGUGUAUGAAGCUAAGAGACAGGAGGAAGGUUUGCCAAACUUUCCACGGAGCAGGACUUGUAGUUCCAUACAAUAAGGAUACGGAGGUUGGAUACCGUGAGAUCCCUGAGACUGCGGCCUCUCUCAAGAAGAUCUUUAAGAAGGUGGUGGAGGCUGAGUCGGAGGAGGAGAGGAACAAAGCCCUUGAUGUAGUUCAGGAGCUGGUUACUAAUGUUCAGUUCGCAAAUGAUGAAGGGGAUCCAGGAAUGGGAUUAGAGCUAGGACUCAACGCUUUUGCUUUCGGCGGAUCUGAACUACACACUAUUAUCAAGCACCUUCUCUGUGUUGGAUAUGAACUGCUGGACCGGGACGAGUUCGGGACGAUACUCCAGGCCCACCUGGAGAACAGGGUGAAGGGACCUGAUGUUGACAUGUUUAAUGUAACAAAUACGAACUAGAGUUUAGAUUUAACUGUUCUAUUGUACAGUGUACACCAUUAAACUGUUCUAUUGUACACUGUACACCAUUUAACAGUUCUAUUGUACACUGUACACCAU